AUGGGAUCGCAAGACAACUACACCUUUGCCAACCAGACCUCCAUCCCGUCCCCGCUGGACAAGCAGCUGCCAGCCUUCUUCCGGUCGUGGGACGAUCCGCACUCCAACAACGACUAUCUCAAUCUCUUCGCGCCGGACGGGCAGCUGGUGUUUGGCUCGACGACGACGGGCCGCGACGCCAUCCGUGCCUUUCGCGACGCCAUGAUCCACCCGACCAACGGGCCUGUCGUGGACCUCGAGCACACGCUGGGCAAGUGCUUCGUGCUGGCGGGCGGCGCCGACACGGGCAAGCAGGAGGUGAUUGUGAACGGGUCGCUGUGGUACAAGCUGCGCAACGGGCGCAGGAUCGACGUCGACUUUGCCAGCAUGAUCAAGUUUGCGGAUCCGGGCGACGGCAAGGACCUGCAGGCCGAAUUCUACGAAGUCUACUUGGACGCGCACGAGUUGAUGACCGCCAUCAACGAGAUGAAUAACGAGGAAGGGAAGUGA